AGAAGAGGAAUCGUUAUUUUGCUUCAGUGGGUGAUGUGAGCUACCCAUGAACUUUGUCUUGCUAAUCUGUUCCACUUUCUGACUAACUUGAUCUUUCUGUGCCACAUCUGUGCAGCAGCUCCCUAGUUCUGAAGCCCUAAUUUGUACUGUGACAAAUCUUUGUUUAUGAUGUAAAUAUAGCUAGUUCAGAAGGGAAAGGGCAAAAACAUAAAGGAAAAUCUGGGAAAAGGAAAACAACUGGAAAUACAAGAAUCUGGGGACUACAUUUGUUUUUUCCAUACUCCCUGCACAUUGGAUUCUCCGAGUUAAGUACGGUGUAGAAUCACAAGCAAUGUCUUGGGUAAAGUUUGCUCUGGAAACAGAGCUCUCCAUUACAAGAUGUUGUUGCUUAUUACAGGAAAAGAUAUUAUCCACUUCUGCUCAGCUGAAAACCCAGCGAGCUGGGAGCACUUCUCCUGUCUGGGUGUGUGCACAUCUCUACUGGACAUGAGAAUCAAGGGGCACGGUGCAGAUGCACAGGCAAACAGGAAAAUACCUAGUUGAUCUCAGUGUCAGAGCUGCAAGGUGCAUCAUACCUGCCUGCCGUGCAUGAACACCGCUCUAAUCUGCAGACGUUCUAAGUAGGCUAUUAACCAAGGGGAGAAGUUUACUAUGCAGAAAGAUGCAUUCAUUCUGUUACACUUCUGAAAAAAAGAACAUGUAUUUGUUUCCAAUGAAAACUGCUCCUGCAAAUCCUUGUGAUAACACCGUUGAAAUGCUCAAUUCUCUAUUAACAGUAGAAGUAACCAAUAGCAGGAACUACAUCAGCGAGACACAUGAACGGGGAGUUUUGAGGAAGGAAUCUUUUUAUUUUUUUUCCCACCCUCUGAUGUGGGCAUCCUUUUACUCAGGUAGAAACAUUGACAGAGUUCUAGAAGCUGGGAAGGCAACCGUAUGUUCAUCUCAAAAUGCAGGCAGAGAUAUUACUCAUAUAUUCAUCGAUAAUGAAAGUUUUUCUAAAGAAAAACAUCUCUUCGAAGCUCAAUAUUACCCUGUGCAGUAUCUAGGAGAUUACCUUCUUGAGAAAGAAAUACGAAAUACGGAAGUUAUCCAAAUGAAUCAUUUUCCAGCUCUACAGGAGACUAAACAAAUCAUUCCUAACAUGCAGCUUGCUGAAAUGAAAAAUGCUGUGAUAAAACAUAUGUAUUUUGCUCAGACUGUUAAAUAUAAGUCUACCCAAAUAGGCCAGCUGAAUGAAUGCAAUCCAAAGGUUAAAAACACUGACCUGUCUAGAGGUUCACUUUGUGUACUUGAAGGACUAGUAGAAGAGUAUUUCUUUCCUGAUGUAAUCAGUGAACUUGCAGCUGGCCAGAAGUACUGUAUACCACCUGUGCAGCUUCUUCAUUCACUUCUAGAGCACGUGUUGUUGGGAAACACUGAUGCAAUAUUUUCUGCUAAACUUCUUCACAUUUUGUACCUUGUUCUCCACCUUGAUCCUCCUUGGAAGUCCCCUUCUGUCUUAAGGUAUUAUUUGGACCUUCUUCAGUGUCCUGUUUGUAAGAAAGGUACAUGGUCCUUGGUAGAGAUGCUUGUAAGGUCCUGCCUUUAUUGUAAAACCAUUUGUCAUGCUGUCUCAGGUUCAGAAAAAGCAGAUAACCAGAGGAUAGUUCACAAAACAUUAUUGAAGUUUUUCUUGGAUUUAGUAAAAGCUGAAGUAGAGUUUCUGACAGUAAGUUUGUUUGAAGGGGCCAAUUCACAGCAUCAGCAAGUCAUGCCACAGACAGUUCUUCUGAAGACCUUUUGGCUGGGAAGCGAAACCUCGGUGCUUUUUACCAAACACAUAAAUAUUUUAGCAGAUUGGGUCGUACUUUCCCAUAAAGAAAUGAAUAGAACAAAUGAUGCUUUGAGAUGUGAAAUAGCUAAUCUGUUAAGUGCAAUUCUUGGAACUGUGGUGGAAUACUGGAUCCUCUCAGGUUUCCUUAUGGACAGAAAUGUCUUUUUUCAAGUAGCUGAUUUGGCGCAUUACAUUGACAUUUCAUGUGAUGACUUUUCCGUACACGAAUUAAAAGCAUUUGUUUGUUCCAUACCAUCUCUCUGGCUUCAAAUGUUUGUUGCAGAAGCAAUUUUAAAAAAAAAUUGUUUACAGAGGAAUAUACCUAUUUCUACAGAACCUCUUUCUCUUCAGAAAAUAGUCUGUGCCUAUUUGCCUGCUUUAGGAGAGAUAGGAACGCGUGAGACGAGGAAGAUGGAGAAAGCAAAGAGAAGGAAAAUAGGGCAGCGGCCGUGCCCCGAGUCUCAGAGGGCAUUACUGAUGCUAAAUGGUGAUAAGCAGAACCAAGUCGAAGUGCUGCCUGAUCUACCCGAGUUAUUCUUUAACGAGCGCCCCCCAUUAGCAAGAAAGCUUCGAGCAAAAGCAGAGGUGUCACGCACCAAAGAGAACUACCACCCUUUGGCUGAAGAGGUUCAUCUUUACAAGACCAAUAUGAAAGGAGAGACAGCCCUGCAUAAAGCUUGCAUAAGAAACAAAGUGGAGAGACUGAUUCAGCUUCUCUCUUCCCCUGGAAUAGACGUUAAUGUUAAAGACCACGGCGGCUGGACGCCGCUGCACGAGGCGUGUAGCCACGGCAGCGCGGCGUGCGUGCGCGAGCUGCUGCGGCGCUGCCCGCGCCUCGACCUGCUCUGCCGCGCGCGCGGCCUCACGCCCCUGCACGACGCGCUGGCAAACGGGCACCUGGACAUCGGCAGGAUGCUCCUGCGGCACGGCGGACCAGUGCUUCUGCAGCAGAGGGACUCCGAUGGGAAACUGCCACUGGAUUAUGUGGAGUCUCUGGCAGUAAAACAAGAACUUCUGAAUACUGUCCAUCCAGAAGAGACCAUUGAAAGCUUCUGUGAGCGCACAGAACAAGAGCUCCACCGUCAGCAGAUAGAACUGGGCUUAGUUCUCUUUAAUAAGAUGCUGCUAAAUUUUUGUUCAGUUUAUAAUCUCUCUUCACCUUUUACUUUAGCUCUUGGAGAGACAGCCUGUCCAAAUACACUCCCAGUAAUGCCUAGUAAUGCCUUUAAGUUGAAAAAUACUUUUUCUGGUGACUGGUUAGUAGAUACAUAUCUCAGGGAGCUAGAAACCUUUCAGAAGCUUCCACAGUUUCUUCAAGAAAUACCUGCCAAUGUGCUGGUUUUUCCUGGAGAACAGGUGAAGGCUUUACAGGCAACCCUGGAAACUAUGGUGAUGGCCAGCAGGCUCUCCGCUUGAUAUCUUCCCAGCACCUGACUUCCAGGCCAGGGCCCCUGGCUAAGGCUCGACUGCCCCGCACGGGCCCUGGGCAAACAGUAUUUUCCCAGCAACUGAGAAAGUGGAAGCUGCACCGAGACCCUCGUAGCAGCUCCUGUGAUUUCAGGAUUUCCUCUAAUGGAACCUGGAAGUGAGAUGCACUCAUUCAGUGCGUUUUUUU